AUUUGCGUGUAGUGGUACGAAUCAUUUGUGUCGGAUCUACGUUUUUCCCCUCACUGAAGAUCGGACAGUCUUAAAGUUUUCUGGUUCAAGUUCGGCUUAAGUCGUUUUAGAAAUCCACCCCCAAUUGUUUCGAGGUAUCGAGUCAGGUCAGUUUAGCGGAUCGACUCGAACGAAGAAGAAAUGUUUACAGUGCGGCCUUUGCACAUAGUUUGUGCCUGUAUGAUUAUCGGUGCUGUUGCUGUUUUGCAGCCAGAACAACUUCAAUAUUCCGGAUACACCCUCAAUGUCACGUCCACACUGAUCGUACUGGGUUUGGUUUCGAUUCUCGCUUUCGCCGUUUUGCCUCUCAACAGCGACUUGCCUGUUAGCAGUCACCAGAAAGCAGUCGUAAUAACAGGUUGUGACAGCGGAUUUGGUCACAGUUUAGCCCAACGAUUACACAGUAAAGGAUACACGGUUUACGCAGGAUGUUUGUUUUCCCAACAAGAUGGCGCCAAGGAACUUCGAGAUAUGCAAUCAGACCGCAUGCACGUUAUUCAACUUGAUGUAACGUGCGAUGAUCAGGUCGAAAAAGGAAUGGAAUAUGUUAGAUCAACACUUGGUGACAAACAAUUAUGGGCGUUGAUUAACAAUGCUGGAAUCGCAUCAUUUGGAGAAAUCGAAUGGACAAGUGUACCAUUGUUCAAGAAAAUUAUGGAUGUAAACGUGAUUGGUGUUGUAAGGGUAACAAAGGCAUUCCUACCCCUUCUACGAAAUAUCAAAGGACGUGUUAUCAAUGUUGCAAGUUUAGCGGGUCGAUAUACAAUCCCAGCAUUCUCUGCAUACUCCAUGUCAAAAGUAGCAUGCAUUGCGUUUUCUGACGGCCUCCGACAAGAGAUGAGCAAGUUUGGAAUCAAAGUUAUUACUGUUGAACCUGGGCUUUACAAGACACCAAUUGCGACCAAUGUGAGCAGUGACACUGAGAGACGAUGGGCCAGCACUCCUACAGACAUCAAAGAGGUUUACGGCGAGGAAUACUUCAAAGAAUUCAUGACAGUUAUCACCUCACAGAUGCAGCGGGCACGUGAAAAUGUGGAGGAGGUUGUCGACUUGAUGGUACAUGCUGUCACCUCUUCAAAUCCGAAAAUUCGUUAUGUACCAUACUGGGUUACCAACGUCCGCUCGACGAUUCUUAUGUAUCUGCCCAGUGUUCUUCGGGACAAGUUAUUUAGAUCGUAUUCUGUGCGAUGUGAACCGAAGUGCAUGCACAAAGAGUAAGCAUAAAGCCACAUAUAGACAGCACCAUCAUCUCCAUUUGUGUUCUCAUUUUGUGCCAUUAACUCUUAGAACGUACAUAACUACAAUGCUGCCAAUGAAUGCGACCAAUAACACCAACAGCGAAAGCAGCAGUAGCGAGGUGAUCACAGUGUUUCUUCAACCGACAGAUGCAUCAUCACAUAUGAUAUCAUCAACAACUACGAAGGUAGGCUUAAAAGUUCAUAGGCUGACCCCGAUGCAAUGGUCGAACUUGACCAAAUGGGUUUUAUUUUUCGACAUAGUCUCCCCUGCGGUUCAUACACUUCUUCCAUCGGUAUCGCAGCGCUUGAAUUCCCGUAGUAGUGGUAUGGAAACUCUCGUCCUGACCCUCAAAAAAGUCCUCAACAGCAGAUAUGACUUCAUCAUCGGUCCGAUACUGCUUCCCAGCCAAGUGUUUUUUCAUGUUGGGGAACAGAAAAUAGUUAGAUGGUACCAAAUCAGAAGAAUAUGGAGAAUGAUCAAAGCUACAGUCGUGCACAGCAGCCAUUGCAGCCACAGACGUGUGUGCAGGCGUAUUGCCCUGGUCAAGCAGGACCCCGCUUUCGUCAGCUUUCCAGGCCGUUUUUACUUGAUUGCCUUUCGCAGCUGCCUCGGCAAGCUGGCAAUAGUAUGGCCUUUCUGAAGGUAAUCAAUGAACGCAAUGCUCUUUGCAUCCCAGAAGAUGGAGGCCAUCAAUUUCCCUUCCAAUGACACCACUUUGGCCUUCUUUGGUGAGGGAGAAGACGGGUGUUUCCACUGCAUGGACUGCCUUUUGGUCUCUGGCUCAAAGUGGUGAACCCAACAUUCAUCUUGGGUGAGGAAACGUUCAAGAAAACCGCCUGGAUUUGCUUCAAAAAGUGUCAAGUUCGCCUGCGACAUGACCAGCCUGGUGUGCUUUUGAUCAGGCGUCAAAAGUCGUAGCACCCAUCGAGCAGAACCCUUCGACAUGCCAAGUUCGUUAUGCAGAAUGUUCUCAACUCGUUCACGAGAGAUGCCUACAGCAUUAGCUAUCUGAUUAGCAUUUAAACGUCUGCUAUCUAUCGCCAUGUGGUGAACACGGUCGAUGUUUUCUUGGGUGGUGGCUGUGGCAAGGACGUUCUGACCUUGGGCCGUCUUCAAGACUCUCGCUACCCGUCUUAAAUUCAGCUGCUCACUUCUGCAAUGUUGAUAAAGCUGGAGCAUCAUCCCCUAAUGUAGCAACCUAGAGCCGUGACUGCUCCGCCAGGUCCGACCCGCAAAUCUGCGGGUCGAACCCCGUCACGGUACCGACCGCGGCUCGGAUCGCGACCGAAACGACGGCCUUUCGAUCGCACCAGCGGUUCGCCGGCGGGAGACCGCCGCCGAUGCGUCUGCAGCCUCUUUGCUCGCUCCUAAUCGCUCGCUCGCUUUCUUGUGGGCUAAGCCCUUUUUCUGCAGAUAUUUGAUAACACCACGGUGCCAAAUUUCAUCCCUUUUCACGAAAUGACUCUAGUACCACUUUUCCAAGUCCUCAAUUCUGUAUCCUGUGUGGGUUUAUCUGGAAAGAAAAAUAUGCAGUUAGCAUCGGUGAAAGUUAAAUUUAGUACAUGCCAAGUUUAAUUACUGUAUAAUAACUCUUUCUUAGUCAGCCUAUGAACUUUUCAGCCCACCCUCGUAUACUUAUAUUGAUAAAACAACACGAUCAAGGGUUUAGUCUGUCGCUCGUUAUUUACUAAAGUGGAACAAGGUAAUUAUAGUGAGACCCAUUAGUGACCACCACAACCACAAAUAACAUGAACAUCAUCACAAACAAAUAUACUAAAUGGAGAAACAGCUUCUAAAUGAACGAAAAUUAGCAGAAAAAUUGGACUCAAACGCUAAAUAACCAACUAACAAUUAAACAAAUAAUUAACAAUACCGAAGGAACAAAACUGCUGUGAACAUAAAUAUUAAUUAAAAGCAAUACACUAUCAACAAAACAAUCAUCAGCAUCAUCUUCAUCGUCAUCGCCGUCGUUGUCGUCAUCAUCAUCAUCGUCAUCAUCAUCAUCAUCGUCAUGAAUAAUGAGGACCAUUGCAUCAUCAUCAGUAACAUCCGUCACGAAAAAUUAUAUUUUUAUCAUCAGUGUAAUCAACAUGAAGCUCAUUAUCAUCAUCAUUAUCUUCAUCAUCAACAGCAACAGCAACAACAACAAUAACACCAGCAGCAGCAUAGCUAUCGACAUAAGCAACUUCAUCAUCACUAUCAUCAUCAUCGGAUCAAUGUGGAUGGUGUUUUGUCAUAAUCGUGGGAUCAUGAGUGCGGGAAAGAAUUUUGCUUAGAGGGUGCAAACCCAGUUUUUUUCACAAGGAUGUUCAAAGUGUUUUCAUUGUCCCCUACACCCGAAAGAUUUUCAGGGUGUGUUCUCGCAACCCUUGCGCCGCCUGUUCCUGAACCUAUGUGUAGGUUCCACAAAUACGCUUCAACACAGAGCGAUUAUUUGCCCCGUGGGACACACCCGCAACAUACAUUCACGCUAGUGUUUAGGGCCCAUAUAUGUAAACACGUGCAGAUAUACUCGUGUUUAUAUCUGUUUGCGCUUGCUUGUGUGUGUGUGUGUGUGUGUGUGUCUUUUACUUGGCUUGGUCAUUGGACUGCAGCCAUGAUGGGGCCUCUUCCUGAAUGGUUUUUAGUGGAACUUAUCAAACUCAGCACUUAAUUUUAAAGUCUAGUUCUUGUAUCGUUUCUCAUGCCAAACCGCUAAGUUACAGGAGCACAAAGACAUAUACACACACAUAUAUACAUAUAUCUGUACAUAGACAGUCUUCAACUCAGCUUCCCAGUUUCUGUCUACGAAAUUCCCUGACCAGACAUUGGUCCGCUUAGGGCUGAAGUUGAUGAUACACAAUGAAGAUAACCUCGCAUUAAAAUUGUAUCCGAAACUUCUUGACCGCAAAGCGAGUUUGUUUAUCAAACAGCCAUGCCUGCACCUAUAAAUAUGAUAACUUGCAUCGGCCGGAAGUUGAACGCGGAUCGACAGCUUAGAAUGCAACCAUAGUAACCGCUGCACCACCACCGUGCCAUAUAUCACAGUAGGUAGAUUUUCCAAAUCGGAAUAUGGUGGGGCUUGUGUGGAAAAAUAAAAUUUCCUCAAAAAGGUGCUCAGUCUAAUGGCGAAGCUGGAAUUAGAGGUAUCGGUGGUGCGUCGAUUGGGAAAUAUUUUGCGAGCUUAGACACGGUCUUUAUGGGAAAAAUUCUGGCAUUGACUUGGAUGCUGAGUCAGUUGUCUAUAUUAUAAACACAUACGCACAAACAUAGAUUAUUUACACAUACGAGUGUAUAUGUGCGUUUGUAUAUGGAUAUAUGUACGUAUGUAUGUAUGUAUAUCUUCUUGUUACUCUUUCAUUCUUCUACUUGUUUCGGUCAUUUGACUUCGACCAUACUGGAGCACCGCCUUUGGUCGAGCAAAUCGACCCCGGGACUUAUUUUUUUGUGAGCCUCGUACUUUUUCAAACGGUUUCCUUUUUGCCGAAAUGCUAGGUUACGGGGACGUCAACACACCAGCAUCGGUUGCCGAGCGAUGUUGAGGGGACAAAUACAAACACACAAACAUAUACACAAGCAUGCAUACAUACAUACAUACAUCCAUACGUAUAUAUAUAUAUAUAUACAUAUAUAUAUAUAUAUAUAUAUAUAUAUAUAUAUAUACUAGAGUAUGCACAUAAAUGUGAAACAAGUUGGAAAAAAGAGUACUCAAAAACCAGACGAACGGGAACGUGUAUUUGAGUACUCUUCUUUCCACCUUCUUUCACAUUUAUGUGCUUACUCCGGUUUAACCCGCUCCUGUUUUAGAAAAGUUCGAGCGAUUCUAUACAAGUAGGAAGAAGAUAUAUAUAUAUAUAUCUACACACUACAUAUGUAUGUAGGGAUAAAUACCUAUAUAUACAUUUAUAUAUGCACGCAUGCAUAGGCACGCACACAAACAUAUAUAUGUAAUAUAUGUAUGUACACACCCAUAAAUAUAUAUGUAUGUACAUAUAUGCAUAAAUACAUAUACUACGAAUAGUUAGUCCCUGUUAUUCAUAAGAUCAAUUUUUCCUCAAUAUCUGUUGUUAAAAGACGCAGUAAGCUUACAAGAACAAAUCUUAUGAAAGACGAAUAUCAUCGGAUUAAUCCUCACGUUUAACUGCCUAACUAAUCACUUUUCCUACAGGUGUUAUUCGCACUGUGGGACUAAAUACAUGAUGUCUGACAUAUCGUAUAGUU